AGCUCGCCGUACGUGCCGAUUAAUUUUUAUCAAUAACAAACAAUGAAAGCGAACGAAGGACAAAAUGAGGAACGGUGUGCGAGGAAAGAUAAACAAUAAUUUAUCCGUGGUCGCUCGUUCAGUUUGAGGCAAAACGAAAGCCAAAGUGGAAGCGGAAGAAGAGGAAGAAAAAGAACGGAGACAGAAGAACGAAGGGAUAAAUUGAUGUGGGAAAAUAAGGAGACGGGAAAAGAAGGAGAAAUACGCUUGGGUCGAGAGAAAGAAAGGCGGUUUGCUGUUUUUGGCUCUUUUCCAAUUUUUGAUGCUGUGUAAGUGGGAGGGUGUGAAAAAAGAUAGGAAAGAAUGUAACACAAAGAAAGAGAGAGAGAGAAAGAGAGAGAGUUUCACCGUUCACGCCCGAGCAUCGUAUUCUUUUCCUGUACGAAAAGGAAGAGUCACGAAAAAGAGAUAUUAUCGUCGAGUAAAGCGAGUCCUUCGUUUAAAAGGACAUCUGUCCAUGCGAAAAGAAAAAGAGUUUUCCCAUUCAUUAAAAUUUCAUCGGGCGAAUACUUCUCUCUUGUAUUUAACAACACGAAAUUGUUAAUCGUUCCUUUAUUAUUAUAUUAUAAAAAGUAUUUUCUAGAUAGUUAGGAACAAAGUUAGUAAGAUAGAAUUACGAUUUUACAUAGAGAAAGUCGGGUAAACUCUGGUAGGUUCGUUCGUGGAUAUAAGUGGAAAGGGGGCAAUCUCGUUUGAUUUUGAAUUUUAUUAUAGAUUAUUCCAUUCGAAUAACCGGUCUGAGUUAGUUCGAAGGCUUAUUCCUUUAUAUCGUAGAGUCGUAAUCGUAAUCGAAAUGGAGAUGAUCGGUCGAUCGGUGAAAGUGGAGGUGGAUAAACGUCAAAAGCGCCAGAGGAGAAGCUUCGGAGGAGCGUUGAAGGUGCACUCGGCUAGUACAGCUGCGCACACUCGCACGGAGCUCGAACGUGUUUAUGCAAGUUGCGGUAGAGGAGGAGAGUCGGCCGAGGCUCUCUCCAACGAAUUGCAAACUCGCCGCUCCUCGUCGGAAUUGCAAAUGCCACACGCCGGGGGUAUAUUUUAAAACGCUAGUGCUUCCCGAUAAUAGGUUCGCCGAGGAAUUUCGAACGACACGAGUUCUUGCACACAGUUGGAGGAGGACGUUGUUGUCUCUCGUCAAGGGAAUCGGCCAAAGCCGUCUCUCCUCAUCGAGCUCUAUUCAAGACUGAGUUUAUCUCGCGAAUCUUCUCUUUCUUUAUAUUUUUCCGAGAAAGUUGUUAAAUGUCUUUUAAAGAUCCAAGAAUUAAGAACGUUUCAAUGUUACUUUCAAUUAUUCUACAGCAUUUAUAUUAUUUCAUAAAUAAGUCUUUUAAAUUCUUAUUUUUAUGGAAAAUGUUUUUUUGUCGGAUCGAGAUAGUUAAAUUCACCCAUGUAUGUUGCAAAAAAUACCAUCUGUCGAAGAUUUUUGCCGAGUACUUGUAUUAAGCAAGUUAAUUGGGAAAAACUUUUCUGUUGAGAUCGCCUCAGUAAAUUUAUUAAAGUGGUCGAAGCAUUAAUCUCCUUACAUUCUCUCUCUUUCUCUCUCUUUCUCUAUUUGUGUUUCAUUUAUUCUCAUUCUUUCUUGCUCUCUUUCUUUCUCUCUCUCUCUCUCUCUCUUAAAAGAGCGUACGUCGUCUUGAUGAUGUGUGUGGCUUCCGCGUUCAUUUUUGGAAAUCGUGACCACGUAGAGUGACGGCUACUAACUGCGAAAAUAGAAAAAUUCAUAUGGCGUCCGUGAUAUAAGAUGGCCGUUGGAACCUUGUGCCAAUUUCUAGGCCAACCGAAUUUCUAAGAAGUACGUCGCUGACGAACGAAAGACGAAAAGAGGCGGAGAGAAACAGAAAGAGCGUGGUGACUGUUCCGUAAAGGAGUGAGAGGAAAAAGGGGAGGAAUCGCUUUCGAUGUGAAUUGGAUGCAUUGACGUCAUCGGGAGUUUACAGGACGAAGAGUGUCGUGCGUGCGUGCACUUAUCUACACACAUCGAGAGUUACAGACGUUCGUUGUGGGGUGCAUAAAAACGAUGUCAAAAGGCAACAGAAGCUUCGGUUGGCGAUGGCUCGCGUAGUGAAGCCACAACUACCGCCGUCCAAGCCGCCCUUGACCUCUUCAUGGCGACCUUGGCUCCAAGUGGAAUAGCCUCGAACGAAGAUUAUCUUGGCGUAUCUUCAAAAGUUCGAGUCGCGGCGAGCCGACAAUUACCCUCGAAGAUCCUGAUCGAAGUCGAAGAGGAAACGAGAAGACAAUUUGAUGUCGACGUUCAUCUAUCGAGUAUACGGAGCGUCGCGGAAAUGCUUAGUGACAGCGUGCUAGUGGAUACAGAUCCAACUCGAGUUAGCAACAUGACGGCCAUUAACUCGGGUCCGGUCGGGGAGGUGGGCGGCGUUAGGCUGCCACUGCAAUCCUUACAUGGAUACGGUUCCGUGUUCAUGUACUCGGCGUUAACGAGUCCAGGCGGUGGUAGCGGCCAGGCUGGGGGAGGUGGAGGCGAAGUCACCCUCCGCCUCCGCGAACCGGAGGACAUACCAGAGGAAGUGCUCGCUCGUCUCGAGGAUACCGCCACCCUCUCCAUCUCCCUUCAAGGCGACGCAGUCCUGAGGCUAGGGGCGGCUGCCGCAGGAAAUAGCAGUUUGGAACUGUUUGAUAGCGAAAGCGGGCCAGACCUCACGUUAUCGCCGCAAACCUUUACAUCGACGGCGGAAGCUUUCAUCAACGAUAACAGCGAUAGCCUCGGUGUUCCGGGAGACAACGAUACGGGUAGCAGCGAGGAGUCGAAAGCGGGCGCUGGUGAUCCGGGAAAGCGAGGAGUGAAGAGAUCAAGGUCGAAGGCUUCUUCGCCAGUCAGGCAGGGACCACAGCAAUGUCAAAUAUGCGGGAAGGUGUUCAGCAACGCAUCAGCGCUCACGAAGCACAAAUUGACGCACAGCAACGAGAGGAAAUAUGUGUGCCUGAUGUGCGGGAAGGCGUUCAAGCGGCAGGACCACUUGAACGGUCACAGGCUGACGCAUCGGAACAAAAAGCCAUUCGAGUGCCAGGCCGAAGGCUGUGGAAAAUCCUAUUGCGAUGCGAGGAGUCUAAGGAGGCAUAGAGAGAAUCAUCAUGCCGGUUGUAAGGGAAACGAAAGUGUCAAUCCCAGUAGUCCGACGACGGGGCCUCAUACACCAAACACACCCGGUUCUAAUCCUAGCACUCCGAGUACGCCUGGCACUACGUCGACGUCGAAUGGACACGGGCAUACUGCUUUGAAACAACUCUUAGCCACCGAGCCAACGAACCAGCAACAAAAGAGUGCGUCUUCUCCGGGUGCCAGUAACGAUGGGCUUACGAAACAACAGCUCGAGCUCAUUCAGCAAAUCAUGCAACAGACGCAGCAGCAACAACAGCAGCAACAGCAACAACAACAAACGUCCGCACAGCAGCAACAGCAACAACAACAGCAACAACAACAACAGCAACAACAACAACAGCAGCAGCAACAGCGGAACGGUUCGGCCACGACAACGAGCUCAACGCAAAUCCAAAAGAGCCAAAAGCCAUCAAUCAAAUCUAACGCGUCAUCUGGCAGUCUUCUGAGUAAUUCCGGAAGUACGAGCACGUCCAACAAUGCGCGAUCCAGCCCAAAGCCAAAAAUUUGGAACCAUUCACAGCAACAACAGCAGCAGGCUCAACAGCAGCAGCAGCAGCAGCAACAACAACAACAACAGGCUCAGCAGCAACAGCAGCAGGCUAAUUCGCCUGGAAAUGGAAACGUUGGGAAGGGUAGUCCCUCACCGGGAAGUUCAGCCUCUCCCGGUGCGGUUUCAGUGUCGAACAAGCCUCAGACCGAACCGAAGCCGGUUGAGUGCAACUUGUGCCAUAGAAAAUUUAAGAACAUACCAGCGCUCAAUGGUCACAUGAGGCUACAUGGCGGUUACUUCAAAAAGGACGCCGAGAAUAAGAAGAGUGAGAAAAAAGAAGUCGUAGGACCUCCUCUACAAACGGCCUCGGUUAGCGUCAGAGCACUGAUCGAGGAGAAGAUCAUUCAAAAGAGAACAACCGCAGCGGACGCGAACAUCAAUCAGCAGCCUCGGGCAAACAGUAGUAACGUGUUCACGAACCAAGUCGAUGGUGGUUCUCAAAUCAACGGGAAAACUGGUUUUGCUGUACCUGCACCUCCACCUUUAGCGGCAGGCGAGAAAGUACGUAGGCUUUCCGAUGGAGAACAUUUUCGGCAACCGAACGUCACCGUAUGUGGACAUACGACUGUGCAAAAACAACUUCAAGAAGCACAAACGCAAGCACAAGCGCAAGCAUUGGCCGAUAUGAUAUUGAAGAAUACUACCAAAAUGGCUGUGAAGAGAACUACGUCCGACCCUGGACAGAGAUUACAUCUGACGUAUCAACCUUCGGUGCAAUCUGCAGCGAAUAGUCAACAGCAGCAACAACAACAGCAACAGCAACAACAACAGCAGCAGCAACAGCAGCAACAACAACAGCAGCAGCAGCAGCAGCAGCAACAACAACAACAGCAACAGCAGCAGCAGCAACAACAACAACAACAACAACAACAGCAACAACAACAUCCGAACAACCAAACUCAGGCAACACCUGCCGUCACAGAAUCAUUCACAAUGACGGGGUACUCCGAGGAUGGUGGCUAUUUCAGCCCAAGUCUACAAGACGAAGUAUUUCAGCAGGUUACUGCCGUACCGGAUAGUGUUCUUCUUCAUGCUACCCAAUUGGAUUCCAUUCAAUUUCAGACUGCGAGCUUGUUACAAGAACAAUCCAACGAGCAAUUACAGGACAUAACGCUUGAGGACAGAUACUCGUCGCAACACACGGUCAAUCCAGAUCUUCAGGCCUUAGUAAACUCGCCGCUUCCAGAUUCUUUAGCAGAGUUCAGUACCUACGGUGCCCAAUAUACAGAAAGUCCACAUACUUUGCCAACACAGUCGCCAUUACCAUCUCCGCUUACCAGACAUGACAGUCCCAGUUUCACAUAUCCAACACCACCGGCCAGUCAGGAAGGACUGCUCACUGGAAAUCUUCCUUUGUUGAGCCCUCAAGAAGAUCCCGAAUCGGUCCGUCAAGUUUCGUCGCCUUUAUCGGCGGCUUUCUACACGACGACGAUGUCUUCGGCUGCAGCAGUGGAAGAGGCUUUGAGCGAAGUCUUGCCUGGUGAAUCGGAAGCAGAUGCGGAUCUUUACGGGUCCGGAUCACCAAAUCCACAUUCACCACUGCCAAGUCCACUCUCGGCAACACCAGCACCUUCUCCUCUUUCAUCUUUGCCACCGUCUUCAGUGUCUUCUCCUGGGCCCGUUACCUUCACCAGCAGCAACUUCCCCGUCUCACCACAUCACGCUCUCCAAAGUCAGAUGAUGCCAAAUUCGGAGGAUCCGCUUUUAUCGUCAGCACCGAAAGACUUCACUACCGCUGGUCGACGUAGAUUCGAAUUUCAAUCGUACAAGCUCAUCAGCAAUCAAAAUCUCGUCGAUUUUGGCUUAGGCAACGGUAGUCUCGCCAGCAUAGUCGUCGACAAUAACGGCGAGUUGAAACUUAUUCAAACAGCAGGUCUUCAGAAGGCAAACGUUCUCGUGCAAGCGGGCUCUCUUAGCCCAGCGAUUACAUUCAAGAAGGAAAUUCGAUUGGCCACACCAAAAGUCGAUCCUGUUACCAUAAAUCUCGGCUUAAACGUACAAACACAAAAUCAGUAUAACACUGGGCAAUUCAAUCAGCAACAAGUCGUCAAUCCGGCCAAGUUUCUCGUUCAAACUAGUCAUACCGGGAAGAAUAACAAUUCAAGACAAAACAAAAGUAUGAUAGGAAAUCUUUCGAUUCCGGUAGAACAGAUAAAGGAAGAGCUGUUGGACGAGGACGUAUUUCUUAGUCCUAGUAGCGUUUCUGCUGGCAGUCCGAUGCGUCAGUGCAAGAAAAGACCACGCAUGGAUGGCCAAUAUGCCAACAGUUCUCAUUCGUAUCCAUCGAAAUUGAGGAAACUCUGCGAUCGGCAUUGGGACAGUAGUUACACCCCACCGCCCAUAUUGAAUCCUUCUCGUCUUGGUCCGGGACUCUACGCGAGACUACAUCAAUAUGAAAAAGACUCGGAUUUUAGCUCGGAUGAUUCUCAAGGAAACGAAGGUCCCCCACCUAGAAUCAACAUAGGCACUAGAUAUCAACCCACUAUUCCACCAUUGGGUUCCGAUGUAGACAAAGGGAAAGGAGGACCCGAAGAGGACCAUCUUCUUUGGGAUCCAGGCAUAAAUGAUUUAAUCACCAACAACGAGCUGGAUAUGUACUUACACUUUGCCUGUUGUGCUGGCAUACCAGGAGGUGGUAGAAACACAGAGUAUGCGUUUCAUCUAUUACACAUGUGCAAAGGAAAUAUUCAUGAAGCUAUGCUGAAAUUGAUGAGACCAACACCCACGUUACCUCCCGAACAUCCGUUGCUUAGCCACAAAUGCCACGAAUCCGAUCGUUGGACAGCACACGAGAUGGAUACAUUCUAUCAAGGAUUACUCAAAUAUAAUAAGGAUUUCUCAUCAAUUUCGCGAGACGUAGAGACUAAGUCCGUUAAGCAAUGUGUGCAAUUCUACUACCUCUGGAAAAGACUCUGUCCCGAUGAUUAUAAGAGGCUUCGCGUUCAUCACGGAAAGCCAAAAAUCAAGAGCGAAAGAAAGGAUUGUAACGAUAUGAGAGAACUUCGCGACGCUAUUUCCUCCGUUACGGAAAUGGACUUUAGCGAAGAGAAAUCGAUCAUUCAUCGUACUUUGUUACAGACAAACGAAAGAGAAAACUCGGCAACUUUCACUACCAGCGAAGGAGAAUUAAGAUUAUUCGCUUAUGAUUGUCCGGAUAGCUUUAGCGGAAGUGUAACAGUAACGAUGGCCGGGAGCACCCAAAUCGCCCAAACCGGCAAAACCGGCCAAGCCACAGUCAACACCAACUCACAAACUCACACUAGUUCUGAGCAACAACUACCCGUGCCUACCCCACUUCACUACCCCUGCAAGAUUUGCGGGAAAGUUUUCAACAAAGUGAAAAGCAGAAGCGCGCACAUGAAGUCACACAGGCCAAUACCAUCCCCCGAUUUUACGGGUCAGGAGUCUAAACGGCCGGCGCAACAAUCCAAGCUCCAACAGUUGCAACAACCAAGUCAACAGUUACGGCAGCAACAGCAACAGCAACAGCAACAGCAACAGCAACAACAGCAACAACAACAACAUCAACAACAACAAGUACAACAAUCAAGUAGUGCAUCGCCAGAGACUCAAGAAUAUCAGCAACAGCAGCAAGUAUCCUUAACGAAUGGCGACAUCAGCGCUCAAAAUGCAGCGCAUUUAUGGCACAACCCUACAAGACUUAGGCCACCAUAGGGGGAGACCCACGUAGUUCAACUUAAGUUAUCUUAACGAAGACUGUAAUUCUAACGGUAGGAAUUUUGAUUACGAUCGCACGAUAACAUAGGCAGGUUCUUGUUUAUCCGUACGCGAUAUAAAGGUUAUCUCUUCCUACCUCAAUGAAAUGACAAAAAGAGUAAGAGAAAGAAAGAAAUCCGAACGGCAUCGCCCGCUCCACAAAAAAGCAAACGUGCUCGAAGAAAUAUGAUUCACAUACAUACACACGCACACACACACGCGUACACAUAGAGAGAUACACACAUAUUUCAAGGAUUAUCAUCUACAAAAGUAAUUCUUUUCGAAAUAAGAUUACAUUUUAUUUGCGAUCACAAAAGCUGCGGAAUGGAAGCUGAAGAAGAUGAAGAAGAUGAAGAAGAGAAGAUUCAUACGGGACAUAAGAAAUAAGCGCUUUUAGCCGGACUAUUACUAUGAACUCAUCAGAUAGGUAUCAGGCAUACGAAAUGCACGCACGGUGAAUUUUCGCGAAAAAAUCCGAACAUCGUACGCUUCAGAUCGCUGCGUUGCCUAUGAAGUGAUAACGAUAAGACGGCUCCUCUCGAAACAUACAACCAAAAAUUUCGAACCUCUGUUCUAUGAGGAGACAGGGUAUUCGAUCGUAAUACUUUUUUUUUCUUCCUAAUAGAAAAAUUACGAAAAAACGGUGAAAAUUAGGACGCACGUUUAUCGUCGGCAAUAAGAUAAUGCCAACAGAAUUUCACCUCCAUCGAUGGAUAUGGCCUAACAAAUAAAAAAAUAAAUAAAUAACAAACCGAAGAAACCAAUGUAUUAUAAAGUACACAGUGGAUAGGCAAGAAAGUACACAGUGGAUAUGCAAGCGAAAUAUCGAUUACCAGUGAAAAGCGUAAAUCAAAUGGCGAAAUAUAAAGCUAGUGCGCAGUCGCGAACAAAUAUUUGAUAUAUAUAUACGAAAAUCGCGAUUUGGAAGAGGGAUGUGUACUUAUUUAUUAUGCACGUGAAAUGUUCCCAAAUUAUGCCACAAGACAUUGCUGUUACCUGUUGCCACUUUAUCAUUCUUUUUUAGUGACCUAAUAACGUUUAUCUUUUCUCUUUUUUCGAUUUCUUUCUUUCACCACGAGGAUCAAAUUACGAACAUUACUUUUCAUGUUACACGAGUAAACAAUAAUUAUAAUAUUUAACGAAUCAAUUGUAAAGACUAUUAUAUUCUGUCACAUGAUAUUAUAAGUAAAUCUAUCAAUUUCUCAUUAGGCAAUUUAUAAUUUACAUUUUAGAAUUCUACUUCGUCCUACAUUUUUUAUGAUUAUAAAGAAGAAAGAGAAAUGAUUCGAAAAUUGAUCCUAGAAUGGAAGAAACGAUUGCUUGUACGUUUUCUAACUCUUUGUAUUUAGUUAUUUUAUUAUUAGCAUAUGAGAAACGAUCGAUAAUUAGUCUUUACCGUAUGCACAUAAGAUCAUUGAAAAGCUUCCUAAUUUCCUUACCUCUGUUAUACGAAGCAUUAACAAUAUUCGAUCGUAUAAAUUCUAAUAUAUAAAUAUAUAAAUAUAUAAAUAUAUAUAUAUAUAUAUAUAUUGAUAUAUAAUACAUAUAUAUAUUGAUAUAUAAUUGAAAAUAAUUUAUAGUCUAGGCGAAAUAGUUCUCUAACAAGAAGGUUGUUCAAGUUUCGCUCGGAGAUGUCAUGUGACAAUGAGUGUAAUAUAAUGAGUACAUAUGCGCUAAUGCAUAAAUAUUAUACAUAUUUGCAUUCAGUACUGGCAGAGGAUAGAGAAGUUUUAUUAAAAAUAUGACUAAAAUACUGGUUAUUAAAUUGCUAUGUGUACAUAAUAUGUGUACAUGUCUGUACAUAUAUACAUCAGUGUCUGUAUGUACAAGUAAAUGAAAUUUAUGCAUAUUAAGUAGAAUAGGUUUUAGGUUGUUUUAGAAAGAUUCUAUAGGUACAUAAACUAAGUAUAUACACUUUACUUGAUUUUCUAUCUUACUAGGGACUACGUGGCGAGACUCUUGCAAAAACAAUGAUGGGCCGCACGAUUUUAAAAUUAAUCAGGAAUAAUGCUUCCUUUUUUUUUUUUAGAUGGACACGAUGUAACGAUGUUCCUAUAUGUAAGGUGCCUUAAGACGAAACCGUUUUAUUUUUCUCUUAUAUUAUAACUUUUUAUCCGUGCUCGUGAUCUUUCUCGUAUUGCUUUUUAAAUAUCAGACGCACGUUUUGGUUUAUAUUUAACACGAUGAGUUGCGUUGAAUUUUACUGACUGAAACACGAUAUAUUUACUUACGUACUUUUGUAUUUGAGUCAGAUUCUAAUCUUUAUCUUUUUCUAUUUAUAUAUGUAUAUAUAGGAACAUCUUUUCCAAGAAUUGCAUACAAUAUGUUUGAGAAAGACAAAAUACAUUGCGAAUCAAAGCAAUGACAAAAGGCGUUCUAAGGUUCUAUAAAAUGUUGAAAUAUAUAUGUAUAUUAAGUUUCAUUUAGUGAAACUCUAAAUUGUUAUUCAAGAGAGUUGCCACUGAUCGUAGACGCUAUAAUUCUAUCUUAAAAAUAUUGUUACUGUUAACACUCUUCUUCUUAUUAACUUUUACCAUUAAAUAAAUCACCAUAUACAUUUAAACUUUUUAAACUUUUCUCAAAAUGAUUGCAAAGUGACUGAGGACGCUUUAAAAGAAUCUGCCAAGUCUUGAUAACUUUUAACAGUGGCUUUUAAUCUUUGACUUGUUUCUGUAAAGAGUCCAUGAUUAUUCGGUGAAGGUCUGGUGUCGAAAAGGGGGAAAACAUUUCUCUUCGGGCAUUAAAUGAUCAGAAUACAAUGAAAUUUCAAAUAAUCAAUACGUCAGCGCAUAAUCUUAAUUAUCAAUUAUUUCUUCCUAAUUUAUAGAGACGAUACAGAAAUUAGACACCAAACGUUUCGACCAUGAUUCUCCAUUAUUUAUAUAAUAUAUAUAUAUAUAUUUAUUUAACUAUUUAUUAUUUAAUUUUCUAAUUAUCUAAUUUAUUAUUUAUUUAUUUAACUGCCUACGUAUGUAUUUAUUUAUUUAUUUAUCUAUCAAUAUAGAUAACAUAUUAAUCCAGCGGAGUAUGACAAAGGGAAUUGCUUUAAUUUCUUCUAAGAGAUCCGAUGUAUCCUCUAUUCGAUAUAAGAUUCUUUUCACUGCUUGUUAACUUACAAAGCUACAAAGACAUUGUCAAUCCGAUAUUUCGUGUGUCAUUCCGGUUAGAUUCAUACGUGUUAAUCACGAUGCUACGAAUAUUUUUAAUGUCCAUGGAAGCACUCCUUUUGUGAUCGUAAAGCAUUCUUGCUUUUGUUACGCCUGGGUAAUAGCCUCCAGUACGAACGACAGAACGUAGAACUAGAAAUCUAUAUAAUAUAUAUAAGGUUCUAGAAUUUCGAAUCUUAAAAUUAGUUUAUUUAAGAAUAAAAUUGUUACGUAUUCCGACCACGGGCUCGAGGCAUAGGUCGAAGGCAACAAAAUUAGCAGACAUAUCAUUUAAGACAAUACAAUUGUUACAGAAACUAAGUUUCUACUAAUAUAAUUAUUAUUAUACGUAAUGUAACUCUUAAACAAAUUUAGAGAUUCAAAGGCAACGGCGUAGAUAGUGAUAAAUGGAACGAAGCGAUAAAAUUCUUUGACUCUGCAAAUCCAGAAAUCAUCAAGAUCAUUUUAAAGCAGUAGCUCUGGCAUUUAAAACAAAAAAAAUAACUUAACAAUCGUCAUUUCUUUGUCAUGCCCUAUUUUAAUCAAAAAUCACAGAAAUAUAUCGUUUUUAUGACGAGAUAUCUAUGAUCAUAAAAAAUUAACUGAAAAUACCGACAACAUCUGAUUUUCUACUUACUAUGCGAAGGCUUAUAGUAGUAAUAUCUGGAUUUGGAGCAGUAUGGCUAUGUAACGUAUAGAGCUGCUGGAGGCUGCUUACUCAGACAAUGGAGAGAAGGCAUAACAAACGAAGCAAUGAAAUAGUAACGAAGAUAUGCAUGAAUUGUACAAACGAGUCCCUCCACGUCACAGAAAAGAAUGAUAUAUAUAUCUAUAUAAAGAAUAUAUAUAUAUGUAUAACAAAAAUGAUAAAUAUGUGAUGUAUUUAAAUGAUAUGUGGUAAAUGAUAUUACAUUAUUUGUACAUAGACGGACCCGUGCCAUCAACUAAUGAGUUGUACCGAUAUUAUUACUGCCAUUAGUCCUGUCGCAGUAACAUCGAGUUCGAUGAAUCUGGAUGAUAUAUUAAACGCAUCAAAGAAUGUA